AUGGGACGCAAGAAUCGCGAUUCCUCUGAAAGCGAAUCAAGCGACCGGCGCAAGGACAAGAAAACGCGCAAGGACAAGAGGGAAGAAAAGGAGAAGGAUGACAAGCGAAAGGAUCGGGACCGCCGGAGCCGCGGCCGCAGCAAGGAGCGGCGCAAGGAGCGGUCGGCGGAGCGCAAGCCCCCGCCCAAGCGAGGACGUUCAGAGUCGGACUCGGAGUCAAAGUCCUCAGAUGAUGAAGAGGAGAUGAAGGAGUUCCUUCUGAGUACAGACAUGCCGGAGGAUCAGAUGCUGUCGAAGAUGAUGGGGUUCAGUGCUUUUGACAGUUCCCAGGGGAGGGACCACAGUAGCAGUGACCUCAGCGACGUCAAGCGAGCCACCAAGCGCCAGUACAGACAGUACAUGAACCGGCGUGGCGGUUUCAACCGCCCGUUGGAUGCGGCAUUCUGA